GCCUCCUGAGAGCCUCAGUAUGGCAUUGUGCGGCGAGCAGUGACGUCCUCUGCCAAAUGUAGAUGCCCCAGGAGCCAGAUGAAAGCGGCGGCCCCGUCUCCCUGUCCCUGCGGCRCGGUGCGGUGCUGCUCCCACGGCUGUGUCGCUGCCUCGCCCUGCAAGAGAACCCGCGGCCGGACAGUUUCGCCCCGCGCGGUCGCCGUGUUCUGAGGGACGGCUGACCGGGACAUCAUGUAGUAGGCCCUCAAGCGUUGCCAUAACUGAGCUGCAAUGGUUUUAUACACUUCCCCAUUUCCCAACAGCUUUCUGUCAGUGCUGCACUCCUUUUCCUGGGGCCUGAUUUUCCCAUGUUACUGGCUUGCAGAUAGGCUCGUGGCCUCUUUUGUUCCAACCACCUAUGAGAAGCGUCAAAGAGCAGAUGAUCCCUGCUAUUUCCACGCGCUCUGCAUCAUCAUCACCACCCCCAUCUACCUGGCACUGCUCGUAGCCUCCCUCCCAUUUGCCCUGAUCGGCUUCUUGCUCUGGUCCCCGCUGCAGUCGGCUCGACGGCCGUACAUCUACUCGAGGCUGGAAGACAAGAGCCAUGCCAACGGAGCUGCGCUGCUCACCGAGUGGAAGGCUGCAGGAACUGGAAAGAGCUUCUGCUUUGGCAGUGCCAACGUUUGUCUGCUACCAGAUUCUCUGGCGAGAUUCAAUAAUGUUUUCAAUACACAGGCUAGGGCUAAAGAGAUUGGCCGGAGGAUCCGAAACGGGGCGAGCAGGCCGCAGAUCAAAAUAUACAUAGAUUCUCCUACCAACACAUCCAUCAGUGCAGCGAGUUUUAGCAGCUUGGUCUCCCCUCAGGGUGGAGAUAACACCAAUCGUGCUGUCAGUGUUGGCAUGAAAAGGACAACAUCUAUGGAGUAUAAAGGAGACAAUUCUGGCCUAAACAACAGCGAGGAUGCUAGAGAGGAUAAGGCUGGACUCGGGGAGCCAAAUGAAGGAGAAGAAAACUCUUGCAUCGUUCGCAUAAACGGAGAGGAGAACGGCCUCACUUCAGACGCUGAAGUAGACACAGUCAAUGGGCAGCCUAACGCUGGUGGCCAAACAGAGCAGUCCCCGGAUGGCGAUGCAGAGAACUCGAAAACGCCCAACCACAAGCAGAAGGAAGGAGAUUCUGGGAGUUUAGACAGCUACACUGCCUCACGAGAGUCCUUGGUUAAGGUUCGCAUUGGAGAUGGUUCAGUGGACCAAAGCACUGUCAACAACAAGCUUCUCUACAAAGCUUCAAUCAUGAAGAAGACUUCAGUGCGGAAGAAGAAACACACCGAUGAGACCUUUGAUCACGAGAUCUCAGCUUUCUUCCCUGCCAACUUGGACUUUCUGUGUUUGCAGGAAGUGUUUGACAAAAGAGCUGCAGAGAAAUUGAAAGAGCAGCUUCAUCACUAUUUUGAAUACAUUGUCUACGAUGUUGGUUUCUACAGCUGCCAUGGCUGCUGUAGCUUUAAGUUUGUGAACAGUGGUCUGCUUUUUGCCAGCCGCUAUCCUGUUAUGGAUGCUGCUUAUCACUGUUACCCCAAUGGAAGAGGAACGGACUCCUUGGCUUCCAAGGGAGCCUUGUUUCUCAAGGUGCAAGUGGGAAGUACACCUCAGGACCAAAGAAUCGUGGGCUACGUUUCCUGUACUCACUUGCAAGCUCUCGCAGGAGAUACUACUGUUCGAUGUGAGCAACUGGAUAUGCUUCAAGAUUGGCUGUCUGAAUUCAGAAAAUCUACCUCCUCCUCCAGCACAGCCAAUCCCGAGGAGCUGGUGGCUUUUGAUGUCAUCUGUGGAGAUCUCAACUUUGAUAACUGCUCCUCUGAGGACAAGCUGGAGCAACAGCAUUCUCUGUUUACACACUAUAAAGACCCGUGUCGAAUCGGUCCUGGGGAGGAUAAACCAUGGGCAAUCGGUACCUUGUUGGAUCCCGAAGGACUGUAUGAUGAAGAAGUGUGCACACCGGAUAACCUGCAGAAAGCACUGGAAAGUGAAGAAGGAAGGAAAGGCUACUUAGUCUACCCCACCAGCAAGAACCAUGGUUCCAGUCAAAAGGGGAGGAAGGCAUCAUUGAAAGGAAAUGGGAGGAGAAUUGACUAUAUGCUUUAUACAGAAGAAGGUCUCUACCUGGAAUGGAAAGUGGAAGUGGAAGAGUUCAGCUUUAUUACACAGCUAGCAGGCUUGACUGACCACCUACCGGUAGCAAUGCGUCUGAUGGUGUCUACGGGAGAAGAUGAUCCCUAAAACCGACCAGCUUUGAGAUUAGAAGAGGGAACCAUUGACGAUGUUAAGAAAAAAAAAAAAAAAUUAAAUCUGAACAUAAGAACGAACRAUUCUGGUGCCACAUUAGGAAAGACAACCAGACCUGACCCAGGCUACACUCCAGAAUGUACCAACAAUAGAGGAUAUAAAAAGGGAAGAAAUUGAAGGGGUUGUGGCCAAAAACCACUGUCACAAGUUGCUCAGGCAACACGGCAGGCCUGUAUUACAAUGCUUUCACUGUGGACCGAAAGGAACCAAGAUGGAAGACCYAAUUCCUUCUGAACCAGUGCCAUUCUUAUUAAAACAUGUUUUUAUACUAAUAUAUAGCACAAUUUAGUUUGUAAUUAGUCUGUGAGUUAGUGCUGCUCAAUGGUUUUUUGCAUAAUUUCUUUGUAUAACUAAGAAGCUAAUGCUUUUUUUUCUUUCUUUUUUAGCCUGUUAAUGUUGUAGUAGCGUGCUUGCAUCGGUAGCAUGCGCCCGCACUGCAUGCCACUUGGAUAAAAUAGUAAGAUACCAUGGGGAAAACAAGAAUGAAAGUGAAUUCAAAACUCAGAAACCAGCAAAAAGUAAGGCAUUCUGGGACUGGCAAAGCCUUUUGUCAUUACAAAUGGAUCUUAAAACCAUUCUGCAAUUUGCAGAUGAAGUCUCUCAGAUUAAAAAUGCUUAAAAAAUAGGAAUUAGACUUUAAAACACAGUUCUACCAUCCUAUUCCAACUGUGUUCCCAGUGCAAUUAUCAAGUAUUUUGUCUGAAUAAUGACUUCAGAAUUGGGCCUUUAGUUUUCUAAGCACAAGUUAGUCUUUGAAGAAAUACAGUUCCCCUGAAAUGUCUGUUAUUUCCUUCCCAAAUGUGGGGCCGUUCUGAAUUAUGGUAUGGGAUGAUAUAUAGUGUUACAGUGGCAUUAGUAGAUUCCUGUAGUACCAUUGGUAACAUCAAGAGUCAACAUUCUGCCUUGCCUAGAAAGAGUACAUGGGAAAUAGCUUGUCAAAUGCAUGCUAGAUAUAGAUUUAAMAUAAAUGUAAGUGACAUUUUUGGAAAACAAGUAUAGGACAAUGUAUGACUGACAAGGCAGGGUAAAGUAAUACUUUCCAAAGGAAUCCAUACACUUAAAAGAGAGUAGCAUGGCUAGUUUACAGCAUAAAUAGAAAAAAAAGAACUGUGACUCRCAGUGUUAAAGAGCUUCUGAGCAGAGGUAGGUUCACAUCUCCGGGACACAAAAACUGUAUUUGUUAUGCACAGACUUUAAUAGGGGUUCCUGUCAUCUAAUUAAUAUAUUCUUUCCACUGCUGCCCUUUAAUGUUGGGCUUUUCUCAGCAGUUUAUCCCAAUGUCCAGAGCUAUUCAACCUCUGUCAUCUUAACAGAAAAACAAUGGAGAGCCAAGAGUCASACUCAUAACUAGACUUCUUGGCAUUCGGGGGGAUUUAAGUUCAKAAGAGAGCAAAGGUGUUGCUAGAAGAACAAGAUCCCUUGUUUUUUUAAACCAAGGCUUAGUUUCCUGGGCCUAUUUUUCCCAAAUGCCUGUGUUGAAGAAAAAGGAGAGUUAAUAUAAAACUCAAACUUAUUCCUUUAAGUAAACUACAUUUCCAUUACACCGGCCACAAACAUCCGAAGAUCCUCUUGUUUUGGUUUAGUUUAUCUGCUAGGAAUAAGCUUGAGAUAUUUUAAGCUAAACUAAUUUGAAAUAGAAACCUCGGUCUGUACAGCCUCUUGUACUGGUUUGAAUUAGCUACAGUUAAUAGCAGAACUUUUGCUUAUAUCUACUUAAAUCAUUUCCAAGCAGAGAAAAUCUUACCUUAAYAGUCAUGAAAGUACUAACAGUCUUGGCUAAUUCCAAGUAGGCAGUAAGGGUCCUCUUCACACURUUCUAGUGUGUCUGAUCCUGACAUGUUUUAUGCCUCCUUUUCCAGUCCUGGUCUCCCUUCAGCAGAGACUGCCUCCUACAAGCGUAGUGUGCCAAACCAUGCAAUAGUCUACACAGUGCAGCCCAUGGAGACUCAAAAAUGGAACCACACUCAGCUUCCCUUUUUGAUAAAAUUAGGAAUUCAAGUUUACAGCAUCA